UGACGGUGCUGGGCAACGCGGUGGUGCUGCUGGCGCUGUACGCGCGGCGGCGCUGUGGCGGUCGCCGCAAGCUGUCGCGCAUGUUCUACUUCAUCCUGCACCUCAGCGUGGCCGACAUGGUGACCGCCUUCUUUAGCGUGCUGCCGCAGCUCGUCUGGAAGGUGACGUUCCGGUUCCAGGGCGGCAACGUGCUCUGCAAGGUGGUCAAGUUCGGGCAGCCGCUCGGCGUGUACCUCAGCUCCUACGUGCUGACCGCCACGGCGCUGGACCGCUACCGCGCCAUCUGCCACCCGCUCACCUACUGCUCCUGGUCUUCGAGCCGUGCCCGCGCCAUGGUCGUGGCCGCCUGGGGACUGUCGCUGCUCUUCUGCCUGCCGCAGGUGUUCAUCUUCUCCAUCGAGCCGGUGGAGGGCGGCUUCGACUGCUGGGCCACCUUCGUCCCAGAGUGGGGUCAGCGUGCCUACGUCACGUGGUACACGUGCUCCGUGUUCAUGGUGCCGCUGGCGGUGCUGCUCUUCACGUACUCCCGCAUCUGCUGCGAGAUCUGGCGCAGCGCGUCCACCAAGCACGCGCCCGUGCUCGUGGACGGCACGUGCAAGACCUGCCCGCACGUGCACGCCUACGCCUACAGGUUCGCGCCGCACCAGCAGCCGCAGCCCGUGAGCAGCAACAGCUUCGCGUACGCGCGCUCCCAGCAGCAGGCCACGCAGCGCACCAACCCGCUCAUCUCGCGCGCCAAGAUCAACACGGUGAAGCAGACGGUGCUGGUCAUCGCCAUCUACAUCAUCUGCUCGGCGCCCUUCAUCUGCGUGCAGCUGUGGGCCGCCUGGGGCAACGCGGAGCACCCCUUCUUCCAGGGCCGCCACAUGACCAUCCUGGCGCUGCUCUUCAGCCUCAACAGCUGCGUCAACCCCUGGAUCUACCUGGCCUUCAACAAGGACCUGGUGCGCAUGCUGUGGCUGCUGCUGUCGUGCCAGAACGGCGCGUCCAGCGGCCACGUGCUGUCCGCGCACUCGGGGGGCUCGGGCUCCUCGCAGUCCAACACGCAGCACCGGACCUGCUUCACGGACCUCAACAACCACGUGCCCGGGCCCGGCACCGCCAUCGGGAGAGCCACGCGGUGGCUAGCCUGCUGUCCAAAGGUCGCGCCGUGUACUCCAACGGCCACUCGUCGCAUCCCUGCAGCAGGUAGCGGGGGCUGCCGGGCGCGCGAGCACCUCCCCGGCGGAAUUUGCUACUGACCCGCGGUCGCCACCUGUCCCGGCAGUUCGGCCCCGGCGCCUCCCUCAUGGCCCCCACCGUGGCCGACGUCGUCGCCGGCAGCGAGCCCAGGGUCUCGGACGCCUCGGACGGCGGCGAGGACUUCCGGAGGGACGAGUCUCUGUCCCCGCAGGAGGCGGAGCUGUCCGAGCAGCUGUCCCUGCUGGCGACCCUGGACCGCGAGAGCGAGGUGUGACCCUCGGGCUCGGGUGUGACCCUCGGCUGUGACCCUCGGGUGUGACCCACGGGUGUGACCCAUAUGGGUCUCGUGGUGUGACUGGUUGUGACUUACUGGCGUGGCCGGGCGCAGCGGCACCCGCGGCUUCGUUUAAGAGCAAAACGUGUGAUACUGUAGGCGUGCUUCGCCUAGGCCGAGUUGCAAUUUUCUUUUUUCCGCAAUUUCGGUUUUAAAAGGCAAGAAAGAUGUUACACCGACUCGUAAAGUCGCAAUGACGUUUCAAGAAAUUUUAAAGAAAUAAUUGUAAAGUGAAUUAUGAUGGACUCUUUUUCUUGGCCCAAGUGGUUGACAGGGGUCAAUUAAAUUAUUAUUUUUGUGGGUUUGAGUCGCCUCCGGGCUUAGCUCUGGAAGCGGCUGGGCUCCGUGCAGCAUCUCGUAGUGUACUGGCUCGUGCCGGAGGGGACUGGGAGCAGCGUGGAAGGUUUGGUGUCUUUGGCGGCCGCCGAUCGAAUUGAAGAAGUACAUUUUGGGUUUUGCCGGCGGGGUCAUUUUGGACUGUGAUUUUUGUCAGGAUCUGGAUGGAAUCUUACAUUAUUUGUAAACAACUACAUGACCAGUAUUCUAGAACACAUUAGGAUUCAUGAAUUAAGAAUUGUAUUCGUAAAUUGUGAAGUGACACUUUUUUAUAUGAUAUUUUUGAGUGUGAAUUCAUUUACUAAAAUUUCAUUGAUUCUUCCAUAAGGUUAAUCUGCUAACUAUUUAAGAUUUUCGCUCUAAAGGCUUUGUACAGCAGUAUGCGAACGGAAUGGUAUUGAUUAAGAAAUGUCAACAUAUUUUUCUUCAUGUUAGAGUUCGUGUCAGGGCAGAAAGUAUGUAUGUAAAGCGCCUUUUAAAAAGGUAACUUUAAUGUCAUUUUUUGUCAAAUUUUCGUAUUGUAGUGGAACGUUUUGUAUGAAAGAGUGACUGGCGAUGUCUAAGAAAAUACAGGCUGUGCAUCAUGAUA